AUGGAGAGAGGUGGGCCGAAGCCUUUUAGGCUAGAUAUUGGGUGGCUAGAUGAGCAAACAGUGGUAGAUGUCAUUAAAACCACCUGGCAGAAUACUAUUUCUAUUGGUGUGUUGACCAAGGAGUUGUUGGGUGUAAGAAGUUCGAAGUUGAAAUCUCUUUUUGAUCUUCAUAGAGCCGAGGAGUUAUAUUGGAAGCAAAGAUCAAUGAUAAAAUGGUUAAAUGAGGGUGAUCAGAAUACUAAGUUCUUCCACUCCAUUGCGAGUGUGAGAAGAAAGCAAAACGACAUUUAUAGUUUAACUAUUCCUGGUGUUGAGACAGAGGAUAGUGUUGCAAUAGAAGGGGCUAUUAUUGACCACUUUAAGAAGGCUUUUUUAUCGGAGGUGAAGUUCACUCCAAAAUUGGCCAGUGUGCCUUUUAAAGUUUUGUCAGCAGAGAUGAGCUCUAAGUUGGAGUGUGAUAUUUCUAUGGAAGAACUUAAGGGGGCUGUUUUUGCUUUACCUGAUGAUAAGGCUCCAUGCCCAUAUGGUUUUCCCCUUUCUUUCUUCCAUAGAUUUUGGAACUUGAUUAAGGUUGAAUUAUUAGAGAUGGUUAGAGCUUUUAUGACGAGAGGUGAAAUAUUAAUAGGGGUUAAUGCCACUUAUAUAGCUCUUAUUAAAAUAAGUGAUUGUAGAGUUAUCUAA